ACUAGUGGUCGAUUGUAUAUUACGGUUGUGUUGAAGUUUCUAUCUAGCUUUGUGAAUUAUUGUGAAACUUUGUGUAUUAUUCAAACAAAACCUUGACUCUUUUUGGUACACAGUAAAAAAUUCAAUUUUCAAUCAGUCAGCUCUAAUCCGCUGUCGAGAUAAAGUCGUUUUUAAUUUAUCCGGAGGUGACGGUAAAAAGUUAACGGGAAGAAAAUCAUUAUUUUUUUUUUUGGUUUGAUAUAGAAAGAAGGAAAGAGAAAAGUUCAAUAUUUUAGAAAGUAAAAGAAAGAGAGGACAGAGUUGAGCGUGUGCGAUAUUUUUAAUAUUUUAAUAUUACAGUGAAUGAAACAUAGUGCUAUUUUUGGAAAAAAAAUUAUAUGUACAUAUUUAUUUUUAUUUAUUUUGCUACAAAAAAGAAAAGUGUAAAAUUUUCAAAAUCGUGAAUUAAGUCACACUUCACUUGAAUUAUUUCAAAAUUUUUGGGAAUUAAUUUAUUUAUUUAUUUUUAUUAUUUGCAAAAUUACAAAAUUUGCUUUUGUGAUCAAGUGUGACUCUAAAUCAUUUUUUGAUUUUCGGAUAUUUUUUUAAUUUUUGGAAAAUUUUGGCAAAAAAUCAUCAACAAUGAGUGGUGUAGAUGAAAUAAUUAAUUAUAAAAAGGAUCCUGAAGAGGAUUUUUAUGCUUUGUUGAACUGUGACGAGCAUUCUACGAUUGAACAAAUUCAGGCCGAAUAUAAAGUAUUGGCUUUGCAAUAUCAUCCGGAUAAGAACAGUGGCGAUAAAGAAGCUGAAGAGAAAUUCCAAAAACUCAAAGAAGCAAAAGAAACUCUUUGUGAUCCAGAGCGACGUGCCAACUAUGAUAAAUGGCGUCACAGUGGAAUUUCUAUCAGCUAUAAAAAUUGGCUUGGAAUGAAGGAGCACGUACAUCAGUCAAUGCAUUGGGCGACGCCAAAAACCCAAGGACGUAUGUUACCAGAACAAAGUGGUGCUGCUAGUGGUCUAACAGCUGGUCAACCAAAUCCAGCACAUCGUCGUGCAUCAGAAGGUGGAGCUGCAUUAUAUUAUGGCAGUCGUAAAGGUGAAUGGGGUACCGAUAACUCCGAAGUCGCUAAUAAAUUUCGUAAUUAUGAAAUUUAAACAAAAAAAAAUAUCGUUUUAAUUUAAAAAAAAAAAAAAUUUAAUUUGUUAAAUUCUAAUAUUUUUUGUGAUUUUUUUUUUUGUUUAUUUUAAUAAUUAUUAAAUUGUUAAUGUAAAAUUUUAAAAUUCUUAUGUCAUCGUAUUUAUUUUUUUAAUUAUAUAUUUUAAUUAUUAUGUACGUAUAUAUAUAAAAUAAAUAAUUUGUUACUAAAUAUUGAUUUUUAACAGAAUUUAAAUGAUUUUAUUAAAAUAUUAUUAAAAAUUUUAAACUAUGUACUUGUAGUAUGAAUAAAUCACAAAUACGAGUACAAAAAAUAAAUAUUUUAAAUUAUAAAUACAGAAUUUUUUUUCUUAUAUACUUAUAUAUAUACAUAUAUUAUAAAUAAUUGUAUCACAAUUAAUAAUAAAAAAUUGUAUGUUAUGUGUAUACUAAAAACUAUACAAAAAAAUAUAUGUAAAAAAUUUUUUAU